CGUCACCGCAUUGCAUUGUGGGCUUGUUGGGAAACUGAAAAGUUUCUGGACGCUACCCUUGUGUUUUUGUUUUGUUCUAACAAGUCCAAACCAUGACGCAAAAGUGUUGCGUCGUGAAGUGCCAGCAUCGUCCACACGAACAAUCGGGGAAUAAAAAGGAUGGGGUGAGAUGUUUCUCCUUUCCAACGUGGAAGCAAAGCCAAGGAGCUGUGAUCUGUGAGCUAACAAAGAGACGCCGAAUGGCCUGGAUAGCAGCCGUGAGACGACCAAACAUCACUUUCAACACCAUCACCCAAGACUUGGUGGUGUGUUCACGGCAUUUUCACACUGGGAGACCAGCUAAUGAAAUGGAUGAAAGCCAUCCAGACUGGGCACCCUCAUUACAUCUCGGACACACGGAGGUGGAAGCUGGAGAUAACCAGAGACUACACAUAACAUUGGACCAGGAGGACAAGCGGAUACGACAACAAUUGGAAGCUCAAGUUUCGGUACACAUUGAAGACAUCCAGCAGCUGAUUGGUUGUCAAGAUGAACGCCCCCAUCAGCCACAGAGUGGGAGCUCCACUUUGGAGCUACAGCCAAUUAAAGAGGAAGAGGAAGUACUCUCCGUCACUCAGGAGGAAGAGCAUCUUCCGGGGUUAGAGGAGGCUGAUCUCACCAGGUUGCCACUUACUGGUGUCUCUGUGGAGACAGACGACCAUGAAGACAAACCACCUGAGUCCUCACAGCUUCAUCAUAGUCCAAGUGAGGAGAUGAGGGAGAAGGAGCUACAGCCCCCUUUUGUUAAAGAGGAGGAGGAGCCACAUCUGACCCACAUUAAAGAGGAAGCGGCAGAGUCACAGCUCUCUUAUAUUAAAGAGGAAGAACUCUGGAUCACUCAGGAGGGAGAGCAUCUUCUAGGGCCAGAGGAGGCUGAUCUCACCAGGUUGCCACUGACUGGUGUCUCUGUGAAGACCGAAGACCAUGAAGACAAACCACCUGAGUCCUCACAGCUUCAUCAUAGUCCAAGUGAGGAGAUGAGAGAGGCGGAGCCUUCAUGCAGCAGCUCACUGCAACACAUGACAACAGAAGCUGAUGGAGACCACUGUGGAGGAUCACAAGCAGACAACCUCUUAGCUCCACUGUCAGAUAGUGACGACACAACGUCACACUGUCCUCAAGAUGAAGACAGCGACUACUACCAAGAACCUUUGAGCAGCGAUACAGACUGUGAAGCUGAUAUGACGACUCACACUGGCAACAAACACUCUGAAAGCUCGAAAAAGAAGACCGGUAAACGUUUUAACUGCUCACUUUGUCAUAAAAGAUUUUCUCUUAAGGGUAAUUUAGCUCAACACAUGAGAACACACACAGGAGAAAAACCCUUUUGUUGCUCAGACUGUGGUAAACGCUUCACUCAAAAGACAGCCAUGCAAUCACACUUGAGAACACACACAGGAGAAAAACCAUUCUGUUGUUCAGACUGCGGUAAAUGCUUCACUCAGAAGACAGCCAUGCAAUCACAUAUCAGAACACACACAGGAGAAAAACCUUUCAGUUGCUCACACUGUGGUAAAGCCUUCACCGUGAAGACAAACAUGCAAACACACAUGAGAACACACACAGGUGAAAAACCUUUUACUUGCUCAGACUGUGGUAAACGCUUCACCUUUAAGACAACCAUGCAAAGACACAUGAGAACACAUACAGGAGAAAAACCUUUUUGUUGCUCAGACUGUGGUAAACGCUUUGGUCGGAACACAACAAUGCAAAGACACAUGAUAACGCACACAGGAGAAAAACCUUUCAGUUGCUCAGACUGUGGUAAAUGCUUCACUCUAAAGACAGCCAUGCAAACACACAUGACAACACACACAGGAGAAAAACCUUUCAGUUGCUCAGAUUGUGGUAAAGGCUUCAGCUUAAAGACAACCAUGCAAAGGCACAUGAGAACGCACACAGGAGAAAAACCUUUUUGUUGCUCAGACUGCGGUAAACGCUUCACCUUAAAGACAACCCUGCAAAGGCACAUGAGGACACACACGGGAGAAAAACCUUUUUGUUGCUCAGAAUGUGGUCAAAGCUUCACUCAAAAGACAACCAUGCAAGCACACAUGAAAACGCACACUGGAGAAAAACCUUAUAGUUGCUCAGUCUGUGGCAAACGUUUCCCUCACAAGACAAACAUGCGAACACACAUGAAAGUACACUCAGGAGAAAAAGCUUUUAGUUGCUCAGACUGCGGUCAACGCUUCACCUUAAAGACAUCCAUGCAAAGACACAUGAGAACACACACAGGAGAAAAACCUUUUCAUUGCUCAGAAUGUGGUAAACAUUUCACUCGAAAGUCAACCAUGCAAUCCCACCUGAGAACACACACAGGAAAAAAAGUGUUUAGUUGCUCAAAUUGUGGUGACACGUUCUCUGGGAAGUCUGCGUUGAAAAGACACAUGCAGAGUCACUGAUGGUCUCCUGUUUGACUCGCCUGGAAGCCAUCUUAGCAUCUUAGCACGGUCACUAAAUGUUGUGUAAAUGUAUAACUAACUAAGUGUGCAACAUGAAUUUAUAUUCCUACAAUUAAACUCCAUCAAUCUAUGUUUAGCAAGAUUUAAUUCCAGGUGGCAUAUAUGUAUUCAUCUAAUCUUAAACAUUGUGUAAAAGGUAAAAAAAAAACAAUUGAAUCGAUAUUAGGAAAUAAAGCACUUCA